GAUUGCAGUUCUCUGACAGCAUCAGUGUGAUCACAGAAAGCAACACAGACCAACCUUGCAAAAUGAUGAAGCUGGUGGUGUUGUCUUGCGUGUUGGCUGCGGCCUCCGCCACAAACUUGUUGGCUGGCUACGUAGCCCCAUGGGCUUAUGCCGCCCCCUUAAUCCAGCCCUACAACUAUCGGGGACCUCUCUCUCUCGCCCCAGGACAGCCCGCUAACAUCUUGGGUGCUGAUGGACGGCCGUUGGAUACUCUUGACGUCAACUUGGAUCGGUCAGCUCAUCUCACAGCUAAAGCUCUUGAUAACGGCAUACACCUUUUGAAGAAACGGUCCGUUGUCGCUGCUCCUAUCGCCGCCGCCUAUGCUGCACCUUUUGCCUACUCUGCACCUUUUGCCUACGCUGCACCGCUCAUCCAGCCCUCCAACUACCGUGGACCUCUGUCACUCGCUCCCGGCCAGCCAGCCAACAUUUUGGCCGCUGACGGCAGGCCUCUCGAUACCCUAGACGUGAACUUGGAUCGCGCUGCCCACUACACUGCUAAGGCUUUCGAUGGUGUUCAUAUCCUCAAGAAGCGGUCUGCUGUACUAGCCCCUGUAGCUCCCGUCGUCAGCCACGUCGCCGUUGCCCGGGCUCCACUGAUCGCCUCCACCUACACUUACGGCGCACCAAUCGCCCGGAUCAGCCCAAUCUCUUACGCAGCGCAUUAUGCCCAUGUGCUAUAAAUCCGACGACCAAACCCGACUAAUAUGUGACGUAUCGGUGUAAAUACUGAAAAUAUAUUUUUUUAAACUUA